AUGGAUAAUCAUAUGAAGCUCUACACUUUGCAGUUGGCGCCCCAGCUUGCCCUGCGGGACCUGCCAGCAGAGCGGUGCGGCGGCAAGACCCCAAGCGCGCGCUCAAAACCAUGGCUAGUGGUCUGCGGUGAUAUGCUUCUGAUGGUUUGCUAUUCUGUCAGAUUCGGAUUACACGGAUCGGGCUACUCCACACUCCACCGCCUCGACAUGUCAACCAAUCCCGCAAAAUGGGUGGGGAUGAAGAAGCUGGACAACUGGGCACUCUUCGUUGCAGCUGACGUUAGGAACCCACCAUUUUCUUGCAUUAACCCAGAACGAUGGGGAGGGAGAAGCAACUGCUUGUAUUACACUGAUGACUCUCAGCUUUGGGGCGUACACUCGUUGGGUCAUGAGCCAGAUCCUGUGAAGGGUCGACCCACCCGUCCCAACUUAGUGUUCGCAAGAAAUCGGUGGCGGUAUCCUCAGAGCCUCUGGGUGUACCCCAGCAUGAUCUAUUCUGAUGGCCGCCAGUGA